AUGCCAAAUUCGAAUUUAAUUGGAAUAGGCUAUGAUCCAAUACAAGGAUCACCUGUCUGUUAUACUGGAGAUUGUCACAUGGAUGGUUUCAAACAUUCAGUAUUUAAUCUUGAGUAUACUUCAUGGAAGCCAGGUGCAUGUACAAAUCUCACAGUACCUGCUUAUACACAACUUUUGUGUUUACCGAGUGUGGCAAUUAAUGCACAUACUGAAGAAUUAAGCUCAAUAUCUCAAUUACGACAAUCGACUUUCAAUGCGAUAAGUACAAGUGCUACAAUAUACGGUUGGGGGAAACUAGAAGGAUUCUUUGCUUCUUAUGGAUAUUCCAGACAAACAACAUAUUUGGCUGAAACACUUAUUGAAAAGAGACAGUCGAUAUUUCAUACAACAGCAAAUAUCACAUUCGCUAAGCUUACUAUGUUGGAACCAAUGAUGCAGUUAUCCGACAGUUUUCGUUUCGUGAUUGAACACAUGCCUUGUUGCAGUUAUGAUAAUGAUAUAAAGGACUAUAUCAUAUCGUAUAUUUUCGAUUAUUUCGGUUUUUCAUUUGUGAGUGAAAUGUUACUGGGUGGUACUGCUCAAGAGAUUAUUACCAUAGAUUCUGAACGACUCACCGAACUCAAAACUCGAGGCUUACAAACUCAGCAUUGUGUAUCACCUGGUUAUGUUUUUAAAUUGCUUGGUAGUAUUACUACUAUAUCAAAUUCUACCACAACUACACAAGAGGAGUUUCGUAAAAACCUGACGUCGACGAAGAUGUCACAACUGGGUGGUGACCCAGCUUUGGUCUCUGGACCCUUAGCUAACUGGAUCGAAACAGUACCGAAUAAUCCGAGCAUGAUGAAGUUUAAGGUUAAAUAUAUAUCGGAUUUGAUAACAUCGCGUAGAUUUCCGAAUGACUCUAGCUUUAAAUGA